AUGGCCCAACAACCACUCCCCGCUACACCUGCAGCACCCGUCGCCGGUCCUUCAAUAUUUGGCGCACCUGGACAAACCGUUACCGGCACCAACCAAGCACCGGUGUCGUCGUUCGCGUUGGCCCCGACGCCCGCCUCCGCCGCGUCAUCCAACAACACCUACAUCAUGCCCAAUUCGCCGCUCAAGAAUCGCACCUCCAUGGAUGGCUACCGACCCAAAGUGACGCGCACGCUUGGCCAGCGGCCCGCUUGCCUCGUCAAUGCGUCGGUGACGUACUGUGGAAACAACCAGAUCUACGCCUUUGGCGGGUUCGAUCAGUACACCGACGAAGUCUACAACCAUGUUCUGCGCCUCGACUUGGUCAGCCAUCAAUGGACACUCGUCGACAACUACGGCGAUAUUCCGGGUGUUCGAAUGGGGCACACUGCGACCCUGUACAAGGGCGAUAAGCUCCUGGUCUUUGGCGGCGAGAACGAGCACCGGACCUAUCUUUCCGAUCUUAUCAUCUUCGACCUCAAAACGGCGCACUGGACGCAGCCACAAGUGACGGGACCGAUCCCCAAGGGCCGCGCGAGACACGCUGCCGUUUUGCAUGAAGACAAGCUCUUCAUUGUUGGUGGGAUCACUGGCCACGACAAUUACGUGUUGGACGACAUAUGCUACCUAGAUUUGAAGACGUACACUUGGUCGAGGUCGUGGCGCUUUGUCGGGCGUUUCGAUCAUUCGGCAUAUAUCUGGGGUGACAGAGUCUGGGUCUUUGGCGGGUUGAGCGAAGACAUGGAUAAGGUCAGCGACUUGUGGUGGCUGGAUCUCAAGGGGAACCCUGCAUUUGAAACGCCGCCGCAAAUUGGGUUCCUCGACCGCUCGGGCCUGACGAGAAGCGCGACAUCACCCCGGCCACCUCACCAAACGUCUCAGUCUCCGGUGGUCGGCUCAACUGGAUACGCCGCCAACUCGAGGACACCGCAGGUCAACACGCCGUCAUUCCACCUCAAGGCAUACGCGCCUCCUGCCCCGGGUGCCAUCUCUGCACUCAAGUUCGUCAGUGGCAACAACGUGCCCUCACAAAUGCAGGGCAUCCAUUUUCACGUCUACUCAUCCGGGACCCUUUUGGAUUUUGUGACGCCUGCAGCGACCAUCACGGCCAAGGAAUGCUCGCUUUACGCUCUCGAUCUAGGUACUCUCAGGUGGCAGAGGCUUGCCGAGGGACGCGAGAUCUUCAAGUUUGGAUACCGGUGGCACUAUUGCACCAUGAAUGAAGAUGGCACCAAGGCCUGGCUGCUGGGUUGUCCCACUGAGGCUGGAGCGAUUGACCUUGGCGCUAAUGGCCUCGAGGAAUAUCUUUCUGACAUUAUGGAAAUUGACCUGCGUAGAUAUGGCUUCCUGGGCAGCAACCUGUCAUCCGAGGCGCGGACAGACUUGAUCCGCCCCUCACUGCGGACACGCAGCGUGGAGGCACCUUCCAAGGGGCUCGGAGCGGAUCUCGCCAGGCUCUUCAACCAGCCCCCUGAAACUGGGAGCGGCACCGACUUCAUAGUCACUGCUCUCUCCCGCGACUACGACGACGACGAGAUCAUGGGCUCAGCCCUCAUGCACUCGGCCGAAUCGGACGAGGCCAGCCAGACGUGGCUCGCCCCAGACGCCCCAACUUCACCCCCGAUCCACGUACACCGGCUCAUUCUGCAAGCCCGGUGGCCGCAUUUCGCGCGGCUGUGGGCCAGCCAGAUGGCCGAGUUCCACACGAAGAAGAUGCACAUCCCCGAGCCCUACAGCGUCGUCAAAGCCUUUCUCUACUACCUCUACACGGACCGCAUCGAUCCCACCGACGAUGACGCCGACAACGCCAUGGCCGAUCUCUCCGACGUGGCCGGCCUGCUCGUGAUGUCAAACAUCUACAACAUCCCGCACCUGCGGUUGUUGUGCGUCAACCGCCUGAGCAAGGAGCUUGACGUGGACCACGCGUGCAUCAUUUGGUACUGCGCGGGUCUGGCCAACGAGGAAUGGCUGCGCAAGCGCGCCGCCUGCUUCUGCAUGACGCACUGGGGUCGCGUGGUGCGCACCGUCGGUUUCCAGCGGCUGCCCCGCUCGGCGCUGGUCGAGCUGUCGCAGGAGGUCGACAUGGAGGGCCGCGUCGUCGGCGGCGACGAGCUCGACAUGAUUGCGGGCAUGGACGGCCGCUUCAGCGACGGUGCGUCGGCUGCCUCGCGCCGUAAGGAGAGCGUCAGCAGCAACCAGACGCAGACGCUCGAGACCGAAGACGACGAUGACGACGGUAUGGAAAUGUCCUAG